AUGGAGAGCAAGGGCGAGGGCAAGUACGACGACGACGACGACGACGCGAAGAGCGGCAGCACCCGCGAUGCCAAAUCGGAAGCGAAAGACCAGGACGAACAAGAUGAUGCUUUACUGCGCCACGUCUUCGACUGGUACUACGAGGACGAGGACUUGGAAGCGGAGCUCCAGAAGUUCGCCUUCGACCACGCGAACGAGUUUGACGACGAGUGUUCGUCGACCGGAGAGUAUUCGUUGGAGCACACGGAGUUGCAUCGGGAAUUCCGGAGCAUUUUUGAGCGACGAUUGGAGGAGUGCGUGGAGCGGCACGGGUCCUCCGUCCAACAAUUCUAUCGGCUGGUCGCUUCGGAUCAAGCGCGGUCCACGGAGCUGUACUCGGGGCACACGUUCGCGGCCGUCAUCAACAGCACGAUGUCCUUCGAGUCGUUUUACGAAUUGAUGAGGGAUGCGAAGCGCGGCGACUUCUACUGGGGCGUGCCUUUACUGCAGGACAUGGACACGCUGGAGUUCCUGUUCUAGCGUCCGCGUCCCGUGUUUUUUGAGGUGGGGGUAUAAUGUGUUUUAAUCGUAUGGAAGCUUUACUCGGAGGGGGUAUAGCGUCCAAGCUAUCGUUCUGGAGACCCAUAUGCGCACUUCAAGUUCGUGCUUGCGUGCGGGUUGUGCUCAACACAAAAAAAAGUUUGCACGCGCACCGCUCCACACACAGAGUCGAAGCGAUUGCAGGAAGCAGCUCACGCGAAGCACGUGUACACAGCUCGCCACUGCCGCAACCUCGACCGAAAUUGAUUCGCUACAGCCGCAGUUCUCGUGGUGACACCACUGACACUUGUUCUGCGCUUCGAAACCACUUGUUCUUGCGCUUCGAAACCAUGACCAUCACCAGGAAAACACCGCUCGCGCUGCUCCUCGCAAGCACAACAGCCCUGCGCCGCGUCGCCAUCGUGACCGGCGGCACGCGCGGCGUCGGCCUCGGCAUCUCGCAGGCGCUGGCCGAGAACGACUUUGAUUUGCUCCUGACCUACAAUUCUGACAGUGCCGCUGCUGAAAAGGCCGUCCUCGAGCUCAAGAACCAGUUCCCGAUCUGCGCCAUCGAGACGGUCGGCGGCGACGUCUCGCUCCCGGAGACGCGCAAGGCCAUUUUUGACAAGUUCGACAGCGCGUACGCCAAGACGCACUGCCUGGGCGCCGUCGUGCACAACGCGGGCCAGUACGUGGGCGUGAGUUCCACGAACGCGGCCGGCAUAAAGGCGACGGGGCCGCCGCCGGGCUUCGGCGACGGGAGCCUGCUGGGUGCGGACGGCGGCGUGGAUUUUACGCAGAUGCAUUACUACCAGAAGAUGUACGGCGACGCCUUCGUGGACCUGUGCGAGCGCGGCCUGGCGCGGUUCCCCGAAGACGGUGGUUCGUUAGUUGGUAUCUCGAGCCCGGGCUGCACGCUGCAAUUCAACCCGAAUCUAGGGUACGACAUGCCCGGCAGCGGCAAGUGCGUCAUGGAGUACUCCAUGCGGUUGUUUGCCGUGCGCGCGGCGGCGAAGAAGGUCAACGCCAACGUCGUGAUCCCGGGAGUGACGCCGGAGGGCGCCUGGGAGGCGCUCGGCGCCACGCGCGGCAUGAGCGGCAAGGAGAUGGCCGAGGGCGUCGCGAGCCGCCUCGCCCCGAUGGGUCCGACGCCCGCGAAGGUCGUGGGCGACGGCGUCGCCUUCCUCUGCUCGCCGGCGGGCCGCGCCGUGACGGGCGUCUCGCUCCCGGUGGACAACGGCGUGCACCUGAAGGCCUGA